AUGGUCACUGUUCACCCACGUCCACCUGCGUUAGGGAACCUGCGCAUGCAGUGUAAAGGGAGCUUGGUGCAGCUGGUCCGGUCACUGGCGGCCAGUCGGAAGCAGGCUGUGGAGCAUUCUGUGAGCCUGAAGAGUGGUAAGACACCCCUGAUGAAGAAGGUGGACGUGCUUGAAGGAGAGAUGCUGUCUCCUCAGCAGCAGAAGUGGGCACACAGCCUGCCCAACGACUGGGUCACGGAAAACCCUGUGCUUCUCAAGGAAAGGAAAAGAGCCAAGAGGAAGAAAUAUCAGGAGAGUGAGAACACCAUUGCUGCCCGGGAAGUGCGGGGCCUCAGAGACACCAUCGACCGCCUAGGAUUUGCUCUCUGGGCAGAGGAGAGAGCCGCCUACCUCAGCGAGUUGUGUUCUUGCCUAAGGGGCAACUGGCUGGCCGUCAAUAUGUCUUCAGUGGGACGAGUGACCCAGGUUCAGAAUGGGAAAGUCUACCAGCAGAUCUUCGAAGCUGAGGUGCAGCUGGUCCGGUCACUGGCGGCCAGUCGGAAGCAGGCUGUGGAGCAUUCUGUGAGCCUGAAGAGUGGUAAGACACCCCUGAUGAAGAAGGUGGACGUGCUUGAAGGAGAGAUGCUGUCUCCUCAGCAGCAGAAGUGGGCACACAGCCUGCCCAACGACUGGGUCACGGAAAACCCUGUGCUUCUCAAGGAAAGGAAAAGAGCCAAGAGGAAGAAAUAUCAGGAGAGUGAGAACACCAUUGCUGCCCGGGAAGUGCGGGGCCUCAGAGACACCAUCGUUCCUGAGAAAACCAGCACCAUCACCCUUCAAAGGAGAGGAGAGUCAAAAAAGGAGAGUUAUGAGAGUGCUUUGAUGAACUUUCAGGAGGAGAUCAAACAAAUUGGGAUGGAAAUGGAACCUCUCAUCUUGGAAUCAGGAACCCUUCUUCUGCAAAAAUUGGCUGAGUGUGAUGAAGACAUUGAGCAUCUCUUCAUAAAGCUGGAAACUGACUCCAAGCUCCAAGAGUACACCAUCCAAACUUUGUUGGAACUGUGGGAUAAGGUGUCUGAGAAGUGCCUCUUCCGCAAGCAGUGGAUCAAGGAGCUGGAUGAAAAGCUGCACUACCUUGAGUUCUCUCGAGUUGAUAAACUUAGAGAUGUGUUGAAGAAGUAUGUGGAAAUCAUUGAGAAAACUUCCUACCUCAUGCAGCCUGAUGUGUACAGACUGAUAAAUAAAGAAGCCAUGACCAUAAACCAGGCUCUGCUGGGCAACCGGAGGGCCAUUGCCCAGCUGUUCCUCAACCUGACGGUGACCACCCUGCAGCAGGAUGUCAGCAACCACCGCCGCUGGCAGGCCCUGGUGGACACCUGGAAGGGUCUCAAGAAGGAAGCUCUGGUACAGAGUUUCAGUGAGUUCAUGGCCAGUGAGAGGAUCCAGUCUCCUCCAGCCGUGAAGAAGGAGCUGGAAGUCAUGCAGAAAACCCAGAAAUCACUAAAGCAGAAGCGGCUGCAACAUCUCUACACAUUGUGUGAGCUUCUGCCCCCAGUUUACAGCCAAGCUCAACUGACCGAAUGGUAUUCUUCUCUUGUUGCCCUGAAUAAGCAACUGGACACCUACCACAUGGAUUGCAUGAUGCGCAUCCGCCUGCAGUACGAGAAGACCUGGCAGGAGUGCCUCGCCCAGGUGCAGAAGUGUAAGAAUCAGCUGCUGGAUUGGAAAGCCUUCACUGAGGAGGAGGCAGGGAACCUGGUGAGCCCGUCCUUCUUCCAGAUGGUGGGUGUGCUACAGAGCAAGGUGGAGGAGGAGCUGGAGACCAUGGACAAGUCCUUUGAGGCCCUGGCAAAGCAGACGGAGUGGCAGAGCCUGGAUAUAUUCCGCUACUUUCAGGAGGCAGUGCAGCUGUGGGAGGCCCACCAGAGCGCACUGUCGGUUCAGGAGCUGGAGCUCGAGAGGAGGAUGGAGCAGCAUCGACAGAGGCAGGACCAGGAGAACCAGGACCAGGAAGCCAACCUGGAAAAGCUUUUGGACCAACUGAGGCAACAAAGCCAUGAGCAAACACUGAAGUUAUAUCUGGAAAGGGCCAAAGAUUUUCUGAAGAGCAUAAAAUUAAGGUACGAAAGUUUCCAUGUCGUCCUGACAAAGGAAGUGACGGAAUACCCGUUGACAAUACUAAAAGAACUCAAUUCCUACAGCUACACCCUCAGCCAACACUUUUUCGUUCAGGAAAUCUUUGAGCAGAACUUGGACGGAGAAGUCUUUCUCAGACUCAGGGAACCAGAAAUUCAUGAAAAGCACUUCCUGGAGAGAAUGCAGAAGCUGAGGAGAAACCAGAGAGCUACAGCUGAAAUGAACAAAAGUGAGGAGAGUCUAAGUCAAGGGCCAAGUACCCCCAGAUCAGCAGAAGAAAUGAAAGAGAUGGAAGAAGAAGAAGAGUAUCAAGAAAUCCAUUCCUUCGUAAGUGAAGAGAUGCUGCGUCAGCCAGAAAAAUCUAUUUUAUACAAACAGAAAGAUGCAUCCGGAGAAGGAUCUGUUCAAGGGUUAGUGGAAAUGCCGAUUCAAAGAGAGAGCUCCUCAAAACCAUUGUUGGCUGAGGAAAGCAUAACAUCUCAAGAGGAGAAUGAGGAUAAGGAAGAGAAAACUGAGGAGGAGGAAGAGAAAAAGGAGGAGGAGGAAGAAAAAAAUGAAGAAGAGGAAGAGAAAAAUGAAGAAGAGGAAGGAGAAGAAACGGGAGAAGAUGAGAACGCAUCUGUGGAGGAGGCCGAAUCCAAGGAAGAGAGUCUGGGGGAAAACUCCAAUGAGGACAUGGAGUCCUUCACAACUUCUAGUGGGAACACAUACUUUGUCUUCUUCCCCCUGGAAGAAGAAGAGAAUUACAGGAGGCCCCAUUCCCACCUCUCAACUAUGCUCACGGAGGAGGCUUGCGAUGCCACAUUCCUACAGCACGUCAUCAUUCCAUCCUGUUUGCUUUCAGAAAUUAAGAAACAACUUCGUACUGGCUUUUUUGAGCACCUUGAGAAAUGGUUUGACCAGUGUGCCAUCAACAUCCGGGUCACCAUGGCCACCAAGAUCAAGGAUUUGGAGUCUAAACUGGAGCUGCGUCUGCAUGUGCACCAGCCCCUAGCCCUGCACAUUGAAAGAAACAUCCACAACGUCAGGGCAGCCGAGCUCUUGCUUCACCAAGAGCGGGUGGACAGUCACUGUGCCGGGGUGAUCGAGGCGCUGAAGAAGAAGAGGCUGAUGUUCUGCCAGUUCCAAGAAGAACAAAGCACAAGGAGCAAAAACUUCCGCCGUAAGAUUUACGACAUGGAGCAUGCCUUCUUGAACGCCUCAAGGAGUCACAAGCUGGUCAUUCUCAGCAGCACACUGCACAGGGAGCUACUCAGCUAUGUCGACUUCAUCCAGUUGUCCUUGCGCAGCUUCCGCCAGUACUUGGAGGAGAGUCUGGGCAAGCUCCGCUAUACCACCAUGGAGUUCGUCAAGCACUGCAGAUUAUUUUCAGAGGGAGGUAACUUUUCUGCUGAAGAAAUUGACUCACUGUGUAUUAGACUGAAGAAGGAAGCAGCUCGAAUAGAGUUUGUUGAAAGUCUAAUCAUGAUCAACAUGGAGAAGAUGGCGAGCGAAUACCUGGACCAGGCCAAUGAUAUCAUCAAUAAAUUUGAAAGUAAAUUCCAUAAUCUAUCUGUGGACCUCAUUUUCAUAGAGAAAAUCCAGCAGUUGCUUACAAAUCUACAAGUGAAUAUCAAGUGUGAGGUGGCAAAAUCCAAUUUGCAAGCAGAUGAAUUAAAUUCAUCUCUGAAGCUACUUCAAAACAACAUAGGAACCUGUCGAAACUCAAGAGAGAAAAAUACAGUGACUACAGAUGAUGUUCUCAACUUUGUCCGAACUUGGAUCACAAAAGUGAGCCAGAGGAUUCAGUACCUCAACUGCAGUCUGGAGCUGGGGACACAGACUUAUGUGGUCUUUACUGACAACACUGAUACCACUGACCCAGAGAUGGAGAGUGACCUCUUUGUGUCAUCAGCAGUCCUUGAAGAAGAGGCCAAGGGGGAACUGGUCACCCCAGAGUCCUUCGCUCAGCCGAGCCGCAUGGGGAAGUCCAUGAUUGAGGACCCAGCGGUGGAGGUAGUCAAGAGGAUCCUGCAAUUUCCUGACACAAAAUACUUAGACCAUUUGUGUGAAAAAAAUCGGUCCCAGACAGGUAAAGGUUAAUAGGCCUUUUGGUCUCUGGGCAGCCAGUGGUGAGAAGACACGAUGUCCUGUGGCCCAUCCUCAACUCCUGUAUUCUUUUCGUCACCCAAAGGCUUGAAGCGAUCUGGGCGUCGGGGAGAAAACUUCCUGAAGAAGGCCUUGUCCGUUGCCAGUACCUCCUCAGUUGGGAGCAUCAGUCGGCACUCCAAGUACAACCGAAUGGACAAGAAGUACCAGGUACUCGGCGAGAAGGCUCCGGCUCCCUCUCAGCACUUUAAAGGGAUCAUCCUGACCCUUCUCUGGGAGAGCAACGAGCUGCUGUUGAUGGUCCUGGAGGACUUUUACCACAAAGAAAAGCGCCCAGUCACCAGGCCUGACUGCAUGUACGAAACCUUCGACCAGUGUGCAGAAAGCAUCGGCAAGAAGAUCCUGGACUACCAAAGCCAGACGGACGAGUACCACAACUCCUGCCUCAUUGAAUUGCGGGCUCAGCUGAGAAGAUUUGAGGAGCUGCUACCCCAGGUGUGUUGGCUGGUGACAGAGAAUUUCAAGGAGCACUACUGGGGAAGAUUUUCCACCUCCAUCAAUGAGAUUUGUGGACAGCUUCAGGAGCAACUGAAGCAGCUGGAGAAAACCAAGGAUGAAAACGCCCAGAAGCUCCAUCCAAAUUUAGGACACCCGACCUAUUUGCAAGAAAUGGAGUCUCUAUGCCAACGGGAACAGAAAAGGCAGGAAGAGCUAGAUAAUGUGAUUGAGACCAACAGGGAGCAGCUGGAGGAAUUCACCAGGAAAUAUGGUCAGUCCUUCAUAACUGACUUGGCCGACUUCACUGAGAAAUUCCUGCUGCAGUUGGAUGAAGUGGUCACCAUCGAUGAUGUCCAGGUUGCGAAGAUGGAGCCUCCCAAACAGAAAACAUCCAUCCUCAUAAGGAGGAAACUCACCGGGCACUCCCUGGAGGAAGAGCAAGAAAAGCCCCUUAUUGAACGGGGGAGCAGGAAGUGGCCAGGAAUUAAACCCACUGAAUUCACCAUCCAAAAUAAGAUUCUCCUCCGGAAAAGGACAUCCACUACCACCACCAAAACAACCCUGGGCCACUUGGCGGCCGUGGAAGCCCGAGAUGCUGUUUAUCUGAAAUGUAUGGCCUUGUUUGAGGAGGAGAUGAAGAAGAUCCAGAAUGACAGCACAUUGCAAAUGAAGGAAGCUCAGCGUUGGAAGGACAGCUGGAAGCGCUCUGUGCUCACCAUCCGGGACCUGUACUCGUGA